AAGGCCCUCCCCGUCUUUGUAAUUAAUUGACACGUUAUACCACUCAUCAUGCUCUGAAGCACCAAUGGUAGAGGCUCGGAUCUCCCCAAAACCCACAAUUUCACAUCUGCAAACAGUGUCUUCAUCCACUUGACUCCUAAGACCCGCCCACACGUGGCCAACCUUUGGGGUUUUUUCACGCUUUUCCACUGCAGGUUCAUGUGUGGAGAACAACCUUAUAUGGACUGAUCGGACAAGCGAACUGCUCACAAAGCGUGUGGUGCUGGCGGAGCUGGUGCGGGUGCAGCAACUUUUCCCUGCAUAUUCUUCCCCCUCCAGAAUAUGUCGUUGACCAACACGAAGACGGGCUUCUCUGUAAAGGACAUUUUGGACCUUCCUGACACGAAUGACGAAGAGGGAUCUAUCACCGGAGCGGAAGAGGACACGGAGGGAUCGGAGAGCACAGCCACGACAAAAAGCGCAGGAGUUUUGGUGCAAAGUCCUCUAGAAAACGUGCAGAAUCUUCCUUUAAAGAACCCAUUUUAUGACAGCAGUGACAAUCCUUACACGCGAUGGCUCGCUACGACGGACAGUAUUCAGUAUUCAUUCUUCCUCCCUUUUCUUGCUGCAGUGCACGGUCUGUCCGCCAGCGCGCAGGACCCGGCCAAGUCCCCGGAGCCCUCCGCGGACGACGAAUCGCCGGACGCCGAUAAGGAAACGUCCAGCAGCGGCGGCAGCGACUCCGGAAAGAAGCGCAAACGGAGGGUGUUGUUUUCCAAGGCGCAGACCUACGAGCUGGAGCGUCGCUUCCGGCAGCAACGGUACCUGUCUGCCCCGGAGAGGGAGCACCUGGCCAGCCUGAUCCGCCUCACCCCGACCCAAGUGAAAAUCUGGUUCCAAAAUCAUCGUUAUAAGAUGAAGCGAGCACGCGCUGAGAAAGGUAUGGAAGUGACCCACCUCCCGUCCCCCAGGCGGGUGGCCGUGCCCGUCCUCGUCAGGGACGGGAAGCCGUGUCACACGCUUAAAGCUCAGGACUUGGCGGCCACUUUCCAGGCCGGGAUCCCCUUCUCAGCUUACAGCGCGCAGUCUCUGCAGCACAUGCAGUACAACGCGCAGUACAGCGCCGCGGCCACGCCGCAGUUCCCCACGGCGCAUCACUUGGUGCAGACGCAACAGUGGACUUGGUGAGACACGCCAGAGACUUUGUCCCGGAGGCGCAGUAGGUAGGGACCCUCAGUGUAAAGAAAAACAAUCCAGACUUUACCCCCCUCCUCUCCUCUUUUUUUUUCCCCCUUUUCCAGCUUGACUCGUAUAUAAAUACAGUUUGAUUCGGGGCUCCUGUUUGCACCGUGUUUACAUGUUUUCGUUAAGAGAACUGGCUCCAAAUUUACCCCCCCCCCCCCCCCCCCCACACACACAAUAGAUUUUAUUACAAUGCUCUUCUUGUGAAUAUUUUUUUUUUCUUUGUACAGUAUGAUGUGUGAUGGUUGUAGUUUUCAUUUCCCCCUUUUUUUCGUGUUAUUAUCAGCACGUACGAACCACUUUAUAAUUAUAGAAAAUUUAAUUUCUUGCUUCUUUUAUGGACCGAAAACAUAUUUAUGGCCAUGAAUAAAAACUGGCAACUUUUCA